GCCCUGAAUAUCCCGAGCAGCGAACCGAGGACAGCUUGAUACUCCCAUCGUUCAGAGAAAAAAAGCAAGAUUCAAAAUACAUUCUAAAUCCUCAACAUGGACAAGAACGACCUGGUACAGAAGGCUAAGCUGGCCGAGCAGGCCGAGCGCUAUGACGACAUGGCGGCGGCCAUGAAGGCGGUGACGGAGCAGGGCGGCGAGCUCUCCAACGAGGAGCGCAACCUGCUGUCGGUGGCCUACAAGAACGUGGUGGGGGCGCGCCGCUCCUCCUGGCGCGUCAUCUCCAGCAUCGAGCAGAAGACCGAGGGCAACGAGAAGAAGCAGCAGAUGGCACGCGAGUACCGCGAGAAGAUUGAGGCCGAGUUGCAGGACAUCUGCAAGGACGUGCUGGCACUCCUCGACAAUUACCUCAUCGCCAAUGCAACUCAGGCAGAAAGCAAGGUGUUCUACCUUAAAAUGAAAGGGGACUACUACAGAUAUCUGUCUGAGGUGGCGUCUGGAGAAUCAAAGAAGACCACAGUGGAGAACUCCCAGCAGGCCUACCAGGAGGCCUUUGACAUCAGCAAGAAGGACAUGCAGCCGACACACCCCAUCAGGCUGGGGCUCGCUCUCAACUUUUCUGUCUUCUACUAUGAGAUCCUCAACUCCCCCGAGCAGGCCUGCAGUUUGGCGAAGGCGGCUUUCGACGAAGCAAUCGCCGAGCUUGACACCUUGAACGAGGACUCUUACAAAGACAGCACCCUGAUCAUGCAGCUACUAAGGGACAACCUCACUCUGUGGACAUCAGAAAACCAGGGUGAUGAGGGGGAUGCCGGCGAAGGGGAGAACUAAAGGCGUUGCACAUCACUGUUAAUCCACCCACACCCUUCUCUCUUCUCUUACACAUAUACAGCCCGUACAUUCCCGCUCCAUCCAGCCUCU